AUGAACAAUCACACAGUGGUUACAGAAUUUAUCUUAAUGGGAUUUCCUGUUGGAUAUGACAUGCGAAUGUUUCUCCUUGGGCUUUUCUCUCUGCUGUAUGCCUUUACCCUAGUGGGCAAUGGAGUAAUCUUAGGACUCAUCUGUUGGGAGGCCCGACUUCACACCCCCAUGUACUUCUUCCUCUCACAUUUGGCCAUUGUUGACAUCUCCUAUGCCUGCAACACUGUGCCCCAGAUGCUAGCAAACCUGCUGGACCCAAGUAAGCCAAUUUCCUAUGCAGGAUGCAUAACACAGACUUUUCUCUUUUUGACUUUUGCCCUCACAGAAUGUCUUCUCUUGGUAGUGAUGUCUUAUGAUCGCUAUGUGGCCAUCUGCCACCCCCUCAGAUACUCUGUCAUCAUGAGCUGGAGGGUGUGUUUCAUUUUAUCAUUGAUGUCCUGGGCCCUUGGAUCUCUUCUGUCCCUGGCCCAUCUAAUUUUAUUACUGCCACUGCCUUUCUGUGGCCCCCAGAAAAUCAACCACUUCUUUUGUGAAAUCUUAGCAGUUCUCAAACUUGCCUGUGCUGACACUCAUAUCAAUGAGAUUUUGGUCUUGGUUGGGGCCACUUCUGUAUUGAUUGGACCCUUUUCUUCAAUUGUGAUCUCCUACAUGCGAAUAAUCUAUGCAAUCCUGCAUAUCCAGUCAAGAGAGGGCAGACAGAAAGCCUUUUCCACCUGUUCUUCCCAUCUCUGUGUAGUAGGACUCUUCUAUGGCACUGCUAUCAUCAUGUACAUUGGACCCAAGCAUGGGAACUCAAAGGGGCAGAAGAAAUAUCUCCUCCUAUUCCACAGCCUAUUUAAUCCCAUGUUGAACCCCCUUAUUUAUAGUCUGAGGAACAAUGAAGUAAAGGAAGCCCUGAAGAGAGUACUAGGGAAAGGGAGACCAUCCUAA